UUUAAAAUUAAUGGACACUGAUUACCUUAUUGAUGAUAAUGAGACAGCUGGGUUUGUCAACCAUGCUGAUAGGCUUAAGGUAGUGGUGAGAAUUAGACCAUUCCUUAAAGAAGAACUUAAAGUGAGAAAAUAGAAAGCAUUAUCUUGCAGUUGGAGAAGACUAUAAGCAUCUUUAUGUUAUGGCUAAGAACGAAGAUAAGGAAUUCCAGUUUGACGAAGUCCUAGAUAUGGAGACAGAACAAACUAUGGCUUAUGAUACUAUCGGUGAGCCUAUUUUAACAAAUAUUCUAAAUGGGUAUAACUCGACUCUGAUGGCCUACGGCCAGACAGGGUCUGGUAAAACAUUUACUGUCUUUGGUUCUAGGAACUCGAUAGAUACUAUAGGCAAAACUGGGCCUCUUUUGAGUGAAACAGGAGUCGUUCCUAGGAUAAUUGAGAAUUUAUUUGAAUACAUUCAGCAAAACCCUAAGGAUGCAAAGUUUAGAAUUACAACUUCUUUCCUGCAGAUUUAUAUGGAGCAGAUUACAGAUCUGCUCGCUCCAAUGCCUUUUGGAGAAAAUAGAGGAACCAUUUCCUCCAGAGGAGGAACUGGUUCUAAGUCUUUAACUAUAAAGGAGGAUCCCAAGACUGGGAUCUUUGUGCAUGGUUUAACUUUGAAAAAGAUCCUUAAUAAAGAGGAGCUUCUUAAUAUCGUCAAGCGAGGAGCACGGUUUAGGUCUACAAAUUCAACAACUAUGAAUAAGAACUCAUCUAGAUCCCACGCCAUUCUUCAGAUCUUUGUUGAACAGAGAUGGGUUGAAACCGGAGAAGCUAUAAAUGGAGAUUUGGCUGGAGAUUCUGAUGGAAAACCAACCAAAAAGCGAAGCCACCGAAAAGCUUUGAUGACUAUUGUAGAUCUUGCAGGUUCGGAGAGAGUAUCUAAAUCAGGCAGUGAAGGAACUCGACUUGCUGAAGCAAAAGCAAUUAACAAAGCUAUCAGUGCUCUUGGAAAUUGUAUUGUUGCUUUGUCCAAGAAGAAGAAUGGGAGGAAUAACUAUGUUCCAUUCCGAGAUAGUAAACUAACUCGAAUCCUAACAGAAAGUUUAAGUGGUAAUUCUAAGACUAUAAUCUGCGCUUGUGUGAGUCCUUCAAUUAUCCACUUUGACGAGAGUUUAUCAACCCUCCUUUUCGCUGCUAAAUCAAUGAGUGUUCGAAUUUUUGCUAUCAAAAAUGAAAAUGUUGAGUAUAAAAUCCAAAAACCUCGGAAUAAAUCCAGAAAGGCUGAAACAGCUAGAGAGCGCGGUGACUCGAAGGGUGAAAUAAGUGAGAAAUAUAACAAAAUGAAGGAAGAAAAUGAAGAACUCAAAAGUAGAGUUGAUGAGUUAGAAAAUCGGUAUAAAAGACAGAGCACCGCUGACCCCAUGCCUGACAAGAACGGUCAUUACAUGGUCAGGUCAAGGUCGCCUGCCCCUUCGUACUCUGAUAAGAAUGAUUUGAUGGGUCGUAAGGCUAACUCUGUGAUCAGGAAGGAGGAUCUACCUUAUUUUAAUAAUGCUAGCGGGACAAUUGCGACAACUCAGUAUUAUGAUAAUUAUGCUUCUCCAGGUACAAAAUCUGCGAUCUCUGACAGAAGCUGGAUUGAUAGAAAUGAGGUUUUCCAAAACGCUUCCAACGAACAAGCACAAGUAACCAUUGAGAAGUUGACAAAGGUCAUCCAGCACCUACAAAAUGAGUUUGCUAGGAACCUCCUUGUGAUAGAUGAAUUGAUGGAGGAAAAUCGAAGGCUAAGUGCUAGAUCAGACUCAAGCUAUUACAGAGACUUUAAUUAAAUCUUUUUAAUUUAAGAUUAAUAAUUUUCAA